GCCCCACUUAAACUCACUCACCCACACACCUUUGCAGAAGAGAAAUCUGAGAAGAGAGAGCAAGCAAUGGCAACCAUGGCUCUGUCUUCCCCAACUCUGGCCGGAAAGGCGGUCAAGCUGACCCCCUCUGCCGCCUCAGAGAUGCUCGGUGAUGGGCGCGUCACCAUGAGGAAGAGCGUCUCCAAGCCCACCAGGGUGGCCUCCUCCGGCAGCCCCUGGUACGGCCCAGACCGUGUCAAAUACCUCGGCCCCUUGUCCGGCGAGCCCCCAUCCUACCUUACCGGUGAGUUCCCCGGUGACUACGGCUGGGACACCGCUGGGCUCUCAGCCGACCCCGAGACCUUCGCCAAGAACAGGGAGCUGGAGGUGAUCCACGCUAGGUGGGCUAUGUUGGGCGCACUCGGCUGCGUCUUCCCCGAGCUGCUCGCCAGGAACGGCGUCAAGUUCGGUGAGGCCGUGUGGUUCAAGGCCGGAGCUCAGAUCUUCAGCGAGGGAGGGCUCGACUACCUCGGCAACCCCAGCCUGAUCCAUGCACAGAGCAUCUUGGCCAUCUGGGCCUGCCAGGUCAUUCUCAUGGGUGCCGUUGAGGGGUACCGCAUUGCCGGCGGACCGCUCGGUGAGGUGACAGAUCCCCUGUACCCCGGUGGCAGCUUCGACCCACUUGGCCUCGCGGACGACCCCGAGGCAUUCGCCGAGCUUAAGGUGAAGGAACUCAAGAAUGGCAGGCUGGCCAUGUUCUCCAUGUUCGGGUUCUUCGUUCAGGCCAUCGUCACCGGCAAGGGACCUCUCGAGAACCUUGCCGACCACCUCGCCGACCCCGUCAACAACAACGCCUGGGCCUACGCCACCAACUUCGUCCCCGGCAAGUGAGGCCUUUCUCCGACUGUGAUGGACGGAUGAAGAGUUCAGACUAGGAUUGAGUGAAUGAGUUAAAAAGAGUCAUGAUCAUCUAUGUGGGGGCGUUUGAUCUGGUGGUUUGUACAUGAAAUGGAAGGAUUAAGAGUUUGUGUCAUGUUAGUGUGAGAACCUUUUCCAAUUAAUCAAGAGAUAUUCAUUGUCCAA